AUGUCGCCGAAGAGAUGCAAGUACAAAUUCGUGUUGCUCAAGAGUUGGGUGGAGUUCCGGAGGAUGCCCGACGACGAGCGCCGGAUCGGGACGUGGACGGCCAUGGCUGUCCAGCAAGCAGUCAAUAGCGCCAUCUUCGAAACAGCACCGAGGGAGAAGCAAAUGAUGGCGUCCUUGUCGGUAUCCACCGUGGAUUCAGACACCAUCUCGAAGUGGCGCUACUACUCCAACAAAACCCCCAAGUGCGCGACGGUAAUCGCCAACGCGUCGAGCGGCAAGCUUGUGCAUCGAGCGCCAGACAGGCCGCCACAUGAUGUCGAUGUCGAUCUGCGGCAAAGCUAUUGGUGGGCGCUCUACCCGGCGGGGCUCUGA